GGGGUGUCUAGGUAGUGACAUUCCGGGCACUGAGAACUUAGGAGGAGGUGAGCUGUCUCCUGCGAAGACUGCAGUGAGUACUCCGUACUGCUGGGACCAGCGGAGGAGUUGGAGCCAGAGACAGCAAGUUACCCAACCGUGCGCAGGCAGGACGCAGAGCAUCCCGGAACUCGGCUUUAACAUGAGAUGCCACUGCCUGGAGACUGUGGCCUUACCCUCCAGCCAGGCACUAAGCCAUCUGAAACCUAACAGAAAGUGACCUUGGCUUCCUGCCUGACACAGCUGAGCCUGGAUCCUACCUGUAGUCAAGAGCUGACCCCUACCUUAGACCCUGUGCACCGGAUGGAGCUGAUCCUGAGUGCCAGCCCAGCAAAGCUGACUCUAGAUCCUGCAUGCCAGCCAGAGUUGACCCUGAGAUUCAACCUGACCAAGCUAACCCUGGAUCCUGCACGCCAGCCAGAGCUGUCGCUGAGUCCCAGGCUAGCUGAGCUGACCCUGGAUUCCACAUGCCACCCAGAGAUGAGCCUCAGUCCUGGCCCAGCUGAGCUUACCCUGGAUCCUCAACACCAGGCAAAGGAGAUCCCAGUCCCCAAGCUGGCUGAAUUGACCCUGGAGCCUGUACACUGCCGACCUGAGCUCAUGAGUGCUUGUGCCGACCUCAUCAAUGACCAGUGGCCCCGCAGCCGUGCCUCCCGUCUCCACUCUCUGGGCCAGUCCUCAGAUGCCUUCCCCCUCUGCCUGAUGCUGCUAAGUCCUCAGCCCGUACCUGGAGCAGCCCCUAUUGUGGUGGGCCAUGCCCGCUUAUCACGGGUACUGGACCAUCCCCACAGCCUCUUAGUGGAGACAGUGGUGGUAGCCCGGGCUUUGAGGGGCCGUGGCUUUGGUCGCCGCCUCAUGGAGGGCUUGGAGGCCUUUGCCCGAGCCCGGGGUUUCAGACGGCUGCACCUUACCACUCAUGACCAGAUAUACUUCUACGCCCAUCUGGGCUACCAACUGGGUGAGCCUGUGCAGGGUUUGGUCUUCACCAGCCGUCGGCUGCCCACCACUGUCCUCCGUGCCUUCUCUAAGCCACCCUGCCCCCAGCCACCCUGCAAAGGGCCUAUCCUAGCUGCUCAAGUUGUCCCAAGGAGCUCUAAGGGACUCCCAUUGCCGCCACCUCCUCCCCUACCCCAGUCUCUGACCACCCCACCGCCUCCUUCACCUGAGCCCCUUCCUCAAAACCCGCUAGAGACACGAUAUCGAGAUCUGAAGGGGUGCCCUAUAUUCUGGAUGGAAAAAGACAUCUGAUGGCCCUGUCUCUCUGGGACACUGGAUUGCCCAGAACAGAGCCAGCCUCAGUCCACUGGCCAUUCUCCACCCCCUGGGGACAACCUUAGCCUGUGUAUCUUUCCUGGGUACCAGUGGGCCAGGAGGUGGCUCCGGAGCUUUGGCUCGGAGCUGUCAGUGUGGCUAAAUAAAGGCUUCCAUUAGGUA